CCCGGGUAUUGUCUACGAUUCAGUUUUCAGCUUAUUUUUGAAGAAAAAAGCCACUAUGUAACCGGUCACCGACAAACGAGUGCAUUUGAGUAAACCUAUUGUCGAAUUUUGUUGAAAAUUAAACAAACAUGAGCGUCCCGUUGAAAAGCCAACUGACAAUGUGCGAUAUGAUCCCGGAUAACCCGACCGAGAGGACCACCGACCAAGGUAUUCGCCGUUCCUGUGUCACGUACGACUUGUGUCAGAGACCGGCUAAGGAAGCGGAUAAUCUAUAUUCGUUUGUGCAAUGGCAAAAACACAAUGAAGACCUGCUAAGCCGAUCUGCCCAGGGGCACCAUCAAUCGAGCGUAGUUGAAUAUAACGUGCAGCGUGCCAUCAACACUUUAUCUGGGUCCGUGGACAAAGGUAUGUUGGACAGCACGAACAAAAUCGCAGGCACGGCCAGGAGCAUAGACCGGUGGAAAGCGAGCAUGUACCAAGCGUUGGAAAAUGUACGAAACGAAAUAGACCUGCUGUGUUUGGGCCAAAAGAAACUGCAAAAAUCCCAAACGGCUUUGGGAGUCAUCUGUUCAAUAUCGACCGAGUGCUUGGACAGACGGUCGUUCAGGUUAGACAUGGAUCUCGCUUUAGACCCAAGUCAAGUCGAACUCGUUAAGGAGAGAGAUCUGAUCAACGAGAUCGGCGAAUUAAUGUGUCGCACACAAACGCAAAUCAACGACCAACUUGACUGCAAUAAACGUAUAAAACAGCGACUCGAAGAGAAUUGGAGUAACAAAAAUAGGUCGUUCGAAAUAGACGCCAUUAAUCUAGGACUGAGCAUUCAUUCGACUUUGAUUAUGUCACACGACAAUGCCGUUAAAGAUUCCGAAAGUACUUGUCUGUCGAUACCAGAAUGGGAAGCGGCCACUCAGAAUUUGCACAAAGAAACAGAACAAGUGCUUGAAGAUUCGGCUAAGUUAAGAUCGCUUUUAGACGAUUACGUACUUAAGGGAUGCGCAAAAAGAUUAAGGGACCAAGCUGACGCAGUAGACAUCGCUUUAGCUAGAUUUAUAGCUAACACACAACAAGUCAGUCAAGCUGUGGAAACCGAUUUAAAUCAGGUAGUAUACAGACUAGGCGAUUCAGAGAAAUCACUUGGACAUCUUCGCCAGGUCAUAACUAAUUUAGAAAAAGCCAAAAAAACUGCCGAAACCAGAUUGUACAACCGACUGAAACGCCCGGGCGAUGAAAACUGCAACGAUGCCGCUCAGUCUAGUCUCAUAAUGGAAGUUAAGAGUCUGCAAGAGCAACUGGAUACGCUCAAUCAUCAGUUGCGAUGUGCUAGGACAGGACACACGGGUUUACAAGAUGCACGUUUGCAACUCGAAGACGAGGCUAGGGUCAAACGGAAGACACUGUGGAUCGAUGGCAUAAGAUGCCAAAACGUACGCGCGCAUUAUCCGUCACUCAAUGUACUCAUUGGCCAUUAAAAUAUAACAUAAUACACCAGCUAAAAUGUGUGACAAGGACCAAAUAAACCGAUGACUCGACAAAUAGUUUUAUUAAAAAUACCUAGUUCGUUAUUGUCAAACAGUUUUGUCAACGCUAAUUCAUGUGCACGUUCAACACGAGUAGCUAUAGUAAAAUUUAACAGUAAAAAAAGCAACAUUUUUUUUAACCAUGAGGUAAUUUAUUGAUGUCCAACGUUAAAAAUAUGAAAUAAUUAAAUUUAUUUAUAUUGAAUAUAAAAUGUUUACUU